GGAUCAGCCAUGCCUUUCGGUGACGCGCACAACCAGGUGAAGAUGAAGUUCUCCUCUGAGGAGGAGUACCCGGACCUCAGCAAGCACAACAACCACAUGUCCAAGGUGCUGACGGCCGCGCUGUACGAGCGGCUGCGGAGCAAGCAGACCCCCAGCGGCUUCACCCUGGAUGACAUCAUCCAGACCGGGGUGGACAACCCAGGUACGGACCGGAGCCGCAUGGAGCAGCUCCCUGCACCGUGACCUUGGCAAGGGAUAAACCUUCAUGUGGAGGCAGUCAGUGAGCCCCCCCCAUCUCCCCCAUCUUCAGUGCGCAGCAGCUUUAUAGCAAAUGUUAAAGAUUAGGAGCGUUGCAUAAUGAAUGCAGGCGGCAGCUGAUAAUCUGCUGUUGUAUAACCCACACUGAGGGUAAUCUGUCAGGAGUCAGGUGACCCUGGGCCUGCUGCAGUGUAGGCCUCCUCCUGCUCCUCCUGCUCUUCCUCCUCCUCCUCCUCCUCCUGCUCCUCCUCCUCCUCCUCCUGCUCCUCCUCCUCCUCCUCCUCACCCUGCAGGCUGUGUUUCUGUUUAGUUCUGCGACUAUGGCCAAGAGGCCGUCGGCCGAGGAAGACUUCCCAGAUCUCAGUCAGCACAACAACCACAUGGCCAAGUACUUAACCCCGGCCAUGUACAGGCAGCUGAGGGAGCGGGCGACACCCAAUGGCUUCACCGUAGACGGUGUCAUUCAGACAGGGGUUGACAACCCGGGCCACCCCUUCAUCAUGACCGUGGGCUGCGUGGCAGGAGACGAGGAGACGUACGAGGUCUUCAAGGAGCUGCUGGACCCCGUGAUCGAGGACCGCCACGGAGGCUACAAGCCCUCCGACAAGCACAAGACGGACCUCACCUCCAGCAACCUGAAGGGUGGCGACGACCUCGACCCCGACUACGUCCUGAGCUCCCGAGUCCGAACGGGCCGCAGCGUCCGCGGCUUCUGCCUGCCGCCUCACUGCAGCCGAGGAGAGCGUCGCGCCGUGGAGAAGCUCUCCAUCGAAGCGCUGGCCUCCCUGAGCGGAGACCUGAACGGGAAGUACUACGCCCUGAAGAACAUGACUGACGCCGAGCAGCAGCAGCUCAUCGACGACCACUUCCUGUUCGACAAGCCGGUGUCUCCUCUGCUGCUGUCCUCCGGGAUGGGCCGCGACUGGCCCGACGCCAGGGGCAUCUGGCACAACGACAACAAGACCUUCCUGGUGUGGGUGAACGAGGAGGACCACCUCCGAGUGAUCUCCAUGCAGAAGGGCGGCAACAUGAAGGAAGUGUUCAAUCGCUUCUGCACCGGGCUCACCAAGAUCGAGACCCUGUUCAAGGAGAGGAACCACGCCUUCAUGUGGAACGAGCACCUGGGCUACGUCCUCACCUGCCCCUCCAACCUGGGCACCGGCCUGCGUGCCGGCGUGCACGUGAAGCUGCCCAACAUGAGCAAAAACGCCAAGUUUGAGGAAGUUCUCAAGAAGCUGAGGCUCCAGAAACGUGGAACUGGGGGCGUCGACACGGCCGCUGUGGGCGGAGUCUUUGACAUCUCCAACGCCGACCGGCUGGGCUUCUCCGAGGUGGAGCUGGUGCAGAUGGUGGUGGAUGGAGUCAAGCUGCUGGUGGAGAUGGAGAAGAAGCUGGAGAAGGGCCAGUCCAUCGAUGACAUCAUGCCCGCCCAGAAGUAGACCCCCCCAGACCCCCAGACCCCCCCUCACCCGUCUGAAUGAAUGUCUGACUCUGUCCCUGAAAUGCACUCCGUACCGUUUGGACUUGUUUGUGUAUUUAAGACGAAACUGUUCCUGUGAGGAUGGAAAUAAAAUACAAAGAAAAGUUUG